AUGGCGACCGCGAUGGCACCGACGUCGGUGGAGCGAGCAGUGCUGGAGGAGGAAUUCCGCUGGCUGCUGCACGACGAAGUGCACGCCGUGCUGAGGCAGCUACAGGACAUCCUAAAGGAAGCCUCUCUUCGCUUCACUCUGCCAGGCUCAGGCAUGGAGGGGCCUGCCAAGCAAGAGAACUUCAUUCUGGGCAGCUCUGGCACAGACCAGGUGAAGGGCGUGCUGACUCUGCAAGGGGACGCACUGAGCCAGGCGGACGUGAACCUGAAGAUGCCCCGAAACAACCAGCUGCUGCAUUUUGCCUUCCGGGAGGACAAGCAGUGGAAGCUGCAGCAGAUCCAGGAUGCCAGGAACCACGUGAGCCAAGCCAUUUACCUCCUCAACAACCGGGAUGAGAGCUACCAGUUCAGGACAGGAGCAGAGGUCCUUAAGUUGAUGGAUGCCGUGAUGCUGCAACUGACCAGAGCUCGCAACCGGCUGACCACCCCGGCCACCCUCACUCUGCCUGAGAUUGCCGCCAGUGGCCUCACGCGUAUGUUCACCCCUGCCCUGCCCUCCGACUUGCUGGUCAACGUCUACAUCAACCUCAACAAGCUCUGCCUCACUGUGUACCAGCUGCACGCCCUGCAGCCAAAUUCCACCAAGAACUUCCGUCCAGCUGGAGGCUCCGUGCUCCACAGCCCUGGAGCCAUGUUUGAGUGGGGCUCCCAGCGCCUGGAGGUGAGCCAUGUGCACAAAGUGGAGUCGGUGAUCCCGUGGUUAAAUGAUGCCCUGGUCUUCUUUACCGUCUCCCUGCAGCUCUGCCAGCAGCUCAAGGAUAAGAUCUCGGUGUUCUCCAGCUACUGGAGCUACAGGCCUUUCUAA